AUAUUCCUGCGCGCACUUCGUUUCGUUUUUGGGAUAACAAGCGGCCAGAAGGGACCUGAAUAUCAUGAAUCUAGAGCUUCUUGAGUCCUUUGGGCAAAACUUUCCUGAGGAAAGUGAUGGCUCAUUGGACUGUAUCAGCAUGGCUCUGACGUGUGCCUUCAAUAAACGAGGCACGUUGCUAGCCGUAGGUUGCAACGAUGGACGUGUGGUCAUCUGGGACUUCCUGACGAGAGGAAUCGCCAAGAUAAUCAGCGCCCAUGUCCACCCAGUCUGCUCUCUAAGCUGGAGUCGCAACGGUCACAAGUUACUGAGUGCCUCAACGGAUAACAUGGUAUCAGUUUGGGAUGUAUCGACAGGCGAUUGCGAGCAGAGACAUCGCUUUCCGUCGCCGGUCUUGCGAGUUCAGUUCCACCCAAGAGAUAGAAAUAAGGCUUUGGUUUGUCCACUGAAAUAUGCACCAGUGUUGUUAGAUCUUGAUGGGUCAUACAAUGUAGUUCCAUUAGAUGAAGAUUUUGACACAACCAUAGUUGCAUCAUUCGACAGAAAAGGAGACCAUGUCUACGCAGGCAAUGCCAAAGGAAAAGUCAUAGUGAUUCAUGCAGGAACUCGGAAGCUCGUCGCCUCAUUCAAAGUAACCACUGGGACAAGCAACACAACAGCAAUCAAGUCAAUUGAGUUUGCGCGAAGGGGAAAUUGUUUCUUAGUGAAUUCAGCUGACAGAAUCAUCCGUGUGUACGAGAGCGGUGAAGUCCUGGCCUGCGGGAAGAACGGAGAGCCGGAACCAAUCCAGAAGCUCCAGGAUCUGGUCAACAGGACACCAUGGAAGAAAUGCUGCUUCUCAGGAGAUGGAGAGUAUAUUGUUGGAGGUUCUGCAAGACAGCACGCCCUCUAUCUUUGGGAGAAGAAGUUUGGUUCCCUCGUCAAAAUCCUCCAUGGUACGAGAGGAGAGCUCUUAUUGGACGUCGUCUGGCAUCCCGUUCGACCAAUCAUAGCUUCCGUAUCGAGUGGAGUGGUCUCGGUGUGGGCACAGAACCAAGUGGAAAACUGGAGUGCCUAUGCCCCAGAUUUCAAGGAGCUUGAUGAGAAUGUAGAAUACGAAGAAAGGGAGAGUGAGUUCGAUAUCGAGGAUGAAGACAAAUCAGUUGAAGAUCCUACAGAAACAAACAAUGUUGAAGAUGAAGAAGUGGAUGUAUUAACAGUAGAACCCAUCUCAGCAUUCAUCAGCAGUGAUGAGGAGGAGGAGCCUAAGAACGUUCUUCUCUACCUUCCUACUGCUCCUGAUGUAGAAGAUACAGAGGACCAAUCAUGGGCUCCUAACGCUGACCCGACGGAUGAGCCGCCCCCGACGGAGGCCCCUAAGCGAUCGAUAUCACAGGAUCCACCGAUGGCUUCACCCAAGAAGAAGAAAGUCAAAACGCAUGAAAUCAACCUCAAGGGGGCGCCAUCAGACGAUAUCCAUCCUUUACUUGGGGGAAAUAGGAGCGAAGGCAAGACACGCAAGAAAGCUGCAGGUCAGGGCAAGUCUACGAAAGAAGGUCGAAGCACCAAACAUAGAAGAUCAAGACACAGAGACGAUUCCGAUUAGAGUAGUAGAGUUAGAAUGGUAUUGUGAUAUGUGUAAAAUCAACUCUUCUGUAGAAUGUGUAACAUAUGUACAUUUGCUUGUAAAUUAUCCUUUUGUACAUUUCUGUAAAUUUGAAAUGCGUAAAAAGCCAUGUUUACCGUGCAGAGUUGAAAUCCAGCUAGUCCAGCUAGUAUUGAUGGUGGUGUUCAUAGGUGAGAAAAAAUUAAUACAGGUUAACUCUGCCCAAGUCAACCUGCCUUAAGUAUAAUAUUCACCCAAGUCGAAGCAGUUUCGAGACCAGAUAAUUGAAAACAUGUGUCGUAUACCUCUCCUAAAUCAACUUUCUAAGUUGAACAGAUUCAUGCGGUCCCAAAAUAUUUGACUUGGUAAGAGGUACCUGUAUUUACCUUUAUCUUAGCCAAACUAAAGUAAGUCGUACCGAAUUUAACAUUUGAAUUGAACACCAAAGCCCAAGGUUUGUCUCGUGAAAUGAUCAAAAUUCCUGGUUGUAAGUUACAUUAACCAAAUUAAAAGCCCUGUUUAGCCAUGGCAUUUAGAGGGAAUCUCUGCGUUCCCCCCC